AUGGCCGAGGCGAACGACGCGGCCGAAACGCCUGGUAGCAAGCCAUCGAGCCCGGCACAACUUCCGCUAGCUCCUCCACGGGAAGGCAGUGACGUGGGUGCCAACUUGAGCUCGGGUGGAAGCGCCGGCGGCUCCGGCGGCGAGCGCGCGUCCAACGAUGGCGUCAAUCAAGAUGGAUGCUCCACCGAGAUGGAGAGCAGCAAUGCCACGACGCUCAAGCGCGCCGAGGGUAACAACAAAGGCGCCGACGUCGAGAACGAGAACGACGAAGGUGGCCGGCAGCCUCCAGUGGUUCACGAAGCGCGUGAGUUUGCCGAGCGCGUGCUCCGCAAGCAGCGCAGUAUCUCCGGGCGCAUCCUGUCCGCGCAUGAGGCCCUCGCCAUGCCUGCAGGUGCAGGCCUUCCAGGAGCGACCAACUUCGGUGCGCCAGCAGAUGACGGGUCACCGGCCGUGUGGGACCCACCUCCCGAGUCCAAACCGGACGGCGCAUUCUGUAUGGUCAGUGUCCCCGCGCGUCUGGACCACAUCGGCAGCAACCGCUUUGUCCGCGAAGGGUAUGGCGGACUGGAAGUGCUGACGUCGAUCGAGGGGCUCACUGCUACGGAUCUGGUCGAGCUGAAUGAGCUGGUCGGCGAGCGUGAAGACGUCAACGAGUUCUUCCUUCGUCCCCUGGCCAGUUCGCCCAACCCGACCGAAUUGGAGACCCUGCUCAAUUCCCUCUCUGUGCGUCGCGAGGUGGCGUCCAUUCUGUCCGUCUACGAGUGUCGUGACUUGGCUCCGCGGGUAUUCGGUAUGAACACCAUCGUGCGGCAUAUGCUCGUCAAAUAUCGACUCAUGCGACACCAAGUGGAGACGCAGGGAUCCGGUACGGCUGACAUGCUGUUCGCCACUCAGAAGGAGAACACACAGCUUCAGGUCGCGUUGGGCCAGUUGGUCGGGCAGUGGCAGGUCAUCACGGACCACCUCAAGGAGGAAAAGGAGAGGACCACCGAGCGUUACCGGGCGGACAUCAAGAAGUUGAUGGCAGAGCACGAAAACGAAAAGCAGUCUCUGCGGGACCAGAUUGCAGCGCUAGAGGCAAAGCUCGGUACGUCCAACAAGUGUGUCGAGUCUCUCUCGUCUCACGCCUUCGACGUGGACCAAAUGAUGAACUUCCUGAACCGCAACCAGACCAAGGUGACCGGAAACUGGCGUCGCCUGGAGGAGCUGUUCAAGCAUUGCACGACUCCGCCACCUGAAUGGCAGACACUGAUCAACGUCACUUCGGCAGAUGAUAUGUUCGCCGAGCCUGGUCCGUUCAACUUUCGCCACGAAGACGACACCGAAGAGAAAGAUAACGGUGGCGACUCCGGACCGAAUGGCAACUCUGGAUCGAGCGGGAGCACCAAACCAAGCGGCCGGCGCGUCUCCAUUCUGGAUCUCACCGGUGACUCCAGACCGAUGGAGCAGGCUUUUGCACAACCGUCAUCCGGUACGGCCAAGCGUCAACGCGAGGUGCCAGACCAAGCGCAGUGGCGCCCUAUUGCAUGGGAUGAGUCUGGCGACGCUGCUCGCCCGGUCGGCAAGGAGUACCUGAUUGACGAGAAGACUGCGUGCGCCUCCUUGGUCAACCUCCCGAUCGUGUGGCGCAAACUCCGUACCGACGUCCAGCUGGCCAUGCGCACCGGAUUAACGUAUCACGCCGCCAUGAAACUGCUGGACACGGACACGGUGGCCCACAACAUGUUCUUCCCGUUCGAGUUAUCCUGUAUGCUGGCGCGCAUGAUGUUCUGGAAUCGCCUGGACUCCACGUACUGGACGACGUACGUCCCGGAGGUUUACUACUUGCGCGCGGAGGAGAUACUGGAACGGUGGGCAGACGACAGCGAUACACCUGAAUACUGGCCAGACCUGAUCGACUACAAUCACGAUGACAGCGACUUGCUUCUCGGACCGGAUGACGACGAGGGUGACAGCGAGAGUCGUGAUGCCACGUGGGAACCCAAUGCGGAAGAGAAAGCCAAGAUCGCACGGGCCAAGGCCAGAGAGGAUGAGCUACGUGCGCUGCCCAAGCGUCGUACCAGCUCGAUGUCGUCACAGUCGGAUUCGGUGUCCAGUGCACCCUCGGCCAAGAAAAGGAGGAAGACCCGACCGAGCGAUGACCGCAAGAAGACGCCCCUGACCCGCAAGGACAUGAACGAGCUCACACCGGAAGAAUUGAACGUGAACGAGAAGCCGGGUCCGGGCGUCACGUCUUGGCGCCACAAGGGGAUCCUGACUACGUUCGCACCUAGUACGUCUCCCGGGUUCCCCGAUUACGCACCGAACCACAAUGGUGGUUCGAAAUCUCUGAAGGCGCGGUUCCGGUUCGACGAGUACGAGGUCAUUCUGGAUAGCAAUCCCGGUCGGCGCGUGUUCCGACGACGCGUCGUGCACCUUUUGUUCCACAAGCGCAGUGCGCUACCGGAUAGCACUCUCGAGGUUCUGUCCGAGGUCGUGACCUACAUGAAGGAGAACGCGCUGACUUUCUGGCACGCCGGUCACUGGGUCACAUUCGAUGCGGACAGCGUGGAAGCUGCCAGGGCCCAAGCGGCACGCAAGAAACUUCAUGACGCGGCCAUCAAGGACUACAACAAGUUGAUCGCCAAGCUGAAAGCGUCUGGAGCGCCCAAGACCAUCCUGUACGAACCAGGCAUUUGGGUGUACCCCGCCAAGCUCUGUCACUGGAUCCUGUUCGACCGGUCGGAGACAAACCUCGGCACCGAGCCAUAUACAAUGAUGGAGCAGUUGGCGAUGCUGGACCGCGCGGAACCCGCCCGCAUCCAGUGGACCGGGUGGUCCACCAACGACCUCGUCGCUGCUCGUCCUCAAGAGAUUAGAGACAUGAUCCUGCCUCCAAACGAGCUGCGUGGCAACUGGGUCUCUGACGAGCACCAAAACUAG